AUGGCUCGUCCUUUUCCGUUUACUGCGGCCUUGUUCCUUUUUUUUUUUCUCUUCCUCCGAGCUCCCGGCGUCUGCCUGUCAACCUCUUUGAUUUUCUGCCCUGGCUCUCGAACUCUGGACUUUUCCGCAUGGGGCAAAGUCUCCAUCUGCCACGUUACUUCAGCACUUCCCUCUUUUAAAAGCAAGGCUGCACACACCAGCGACGACCAAAAAGAUGAGACGAGGAGGGACUCAUCGCACCGCUGUCGCUCAAUGCCCAUCCCGACCUCCCGACAGGAUGACCACUUCUUGUCCAUGCUGACCCAAGCUCUAACACGACGCGCGAUAUGUGGUAGACUGCUCUGCGUUCUCCUGAAGCUCUACGACCUAGAGCCUACCUCACUAAGCCUCUCUUCCGUCUUUUCAUUUUUCCAGCCGUGGUUUCAUAGCAUGGGCCGCAUGGCAGCGGUUGUGAGCUGGCACCUAGCAGUGCCUAAUUUUAGUGACCGACGAUUCACUCGGGGCUGCGCAUCUUCUGUCUUCCGCCUUCAACGCUGCCAGGCUGCCAGGCUGCCUCAUUUUCCUCGCCGCGACGGGCGACGGGAGUGGGACACCACGGACAGUGCGAGCAUGGGUGCAAUGGAAAAAGAGCAAGAAAAAGAAGAGGCGGUGACGGCUGUUCUGCUUUGCCCAGUGCCGCCAACUGCUCUGCUAGCCUCCCUCGGCUGUUGGCUUUGGAACGGUGAGGGGCAAAAGAAGGCCGGCUAUGGUACUCUCAUUUCAAACGACCGGGUGGAAUUCCGUAUCACUGUUUCCAAGUUCCAUGGGCCAUGGCAAGAUCACCAGCUCCAAGCUUACUGCUGCCGGUACGGAAUACCUACGGAUACUGUUGCUACUGGUCCCGAUGCGGACCGACGGUUUGCGCUGGUUGGCAGCUCGCCAGGGGAGGGGCUCAGAGCUCACACUGUCGAUCGGUUGGGCUGGACUAUUGGUGCGGGCUGGGAUACCCCCCUGCAACUGCGACGCGACUGCUCCCACCCUCCUCGAGCAACGCGAGCGGGGAACUUUGGAAUGGCACUCAUGAACCAAGGAAGCUCAGAAGACGAGGAUGGUAAUUACACCAAGUCCCAGCUCUAUAGUUUUCGUGCAGAGGACUUCAUCCAGUAUUCAAGGCUUUGGCAUCGGCAAAAGCCUCAUACGCGGUUGAGUCCGUGUUUUCGUACCGCAUCCAGUGCGAGGUCUCCGUCCCGAGUGACUCGGAGUCACGAAACCUGCAUCCGGCCGCUCGGAGAUAGCUACUUACAGAACUCUGACUGCAGCAAGGACAUGCAGCUUGAGUAUCAAAGGCUUGGUGUCUCACGGGCUGACAGUCGCAGUGGGGUUGCCCGGGUGCAUCGGUCGUUGCACUCGCUCGAGCAGCAGCAGGAAGCACAGCAUGCUAGCAACAACGCGGGGAAUCUCGACCAUCUAUCCGUUGAUGGAGAGCCUCCGCCUCAUGCUCGCACGCAUCGAGUAGCGGGCGAACGUCGUGAUGCGACAACGAUUGGACCAGAAUUCGCCUCAAACGGAUUACUUGAGUGGUUGGAAACACAUCAUUUCUGCAGCUGCCUAAUGAUACAUCCUGCCCAACUUCGCCUGGUCGCCUUGCCAGCUGCCGUCCGCCUAAUCAGCCGUCCCUCAACAGCAAGAACAUCCGUCAACCGAGCUAUUCUCAUUGAUCCGGCAGAAGAGAUGUUUGUUGCUGCUGCUGCUGCUGCUGCUGCUGCUGCUGCUGCUGCUGCUGCUGCUGCUGCUGCUGCUGCUGACGCUAGGCGAUGGUCAAUAAGUAAUCUCCCGUUCGUUCAUGGCCGAGGGACAGAGACGCGUAUGCCUCUGAGAGACCAUGAGCAACUUCCGCACUUUCCCGGGCAAAAGUCAAGACAACAGCGUUUGCUAAUAAGUUUGGGAGAGAAUCCGUGCCUUGCUCCCAAAGCGCAGGACACAGACGUUCUCGCACGGAGGACGUCUGAUGUCUGCUGA